AUGGAUAUAUAUACUGGAAUCAAGGUGAAUGAUUCUUUGCUAUCGCUUCUGAAAAAAUGGUAUCCUAAAGGUCCUAAGAAAUUCAGUGCUAAGUUAGUUAAUGAGGUGCAUCUGAUCGUUAUUAAUGCAAACUCUAGAGAUCUAUACGAAAUUUUGCUUAAUACGUCCUAUUUUAAUAAUGUGCUAUGGGCGUUCUUUCACCAGGAUAUUACACUGAACCAUAUUGAGCUUUUGGUAUGCACGGUAUUAUAUGAUAUUGAGAAAGGGUAUAGUAAAUUGAUGGACAUGGUUCUUGCUGAUGGUGAAGCUUUUCAAUCUUUGUUUGAAAGAUUACUUAAUAUUACAAUAGCUCCUCCUCAAUUGACGAAUUUACGACUCCAGAAGAUUAUUUUGCUCUUCAUUAAUCAGUUGGUAACAUUUAAAUUAUCACAUCCUCUUGUUAAAAAAACUUGUAACGGGUUAUUUGGUAUUACUAUUUGGUCUAACUUGCAUAAUUAUCAAACCAUGCUUGGUAAUAACAAUCUAGAGGAGGAAUUCAAUCGAAAACAAGCAAUAAUUCAAGAUUGCAAUGAUAAUUCUAAAAAAUCUUAUUUAAUAUUAAAGCAAAGAUGGAUUUUCACCGUCCUAACAAACUAUAUGUCAUCCGUAACAGCGGGAGAAAUGAUAAAACAUUUGGAAUUUAUUGAGUACCUGGAUAGUUUGAUUCAUAUUCUUAUUUCUUGCGUGAGCCAGCUACCAAUACGAAAUUACUUCAAUUCCUUAUUGAAAGGAAUGCAAUUCCUUUCAUGCUUUCACCUAAUCGAUGAUAAGAAUAAGAAGUUAUUGGAAUUCGUCAGAGUCUUAAAGCAUUUCAUGUAUUAUCCUAUUAAUGAUUUCACAGGAGAAGAAUAUCUCGAAGGAACAAAAUACCAAGAGAACUUUUACAACCUACAAAAUAUUAUAUUUGAGAAGUUCAACGGUUCACCACAAGAAAAAAUAAACAAGUUUAUUUUGGUUCCAUCAGUCUAUAAUUAUUCACAUGAGAAAUUAAAAGAAUUUCUUUCCAAUUUUUCACUCGAUGAUUUGAUCGCCAUAGCUGACAAACUCGAAAUCAUAGAUCACAUCUCAAAUGACUUCAGGUAUAAUGGAUUCUUAACUAGUGCAAUUGCAAAUGAAGUAUUUACGCCUGAAUAUAAUGUCAAAGGUCUAAGUCAACUAGUAAACAACUACACUGAAGUUGAUAUAAUUGAUGAUUUUAAUGUUCUAUACAACAACGAAAAAUUAUUUCAACCAAUUCCUUUGCCACAAAUUUAUAAUUCACAAUACUUAUGUUUGGCAGACUACGUUAUUAGAGAAGUUGUCAAUUUGACAGCAGAUAUAAAGAGAUUAGCGAACAAUCACAUUAACCAAGUUUUGGAACGUCUAAAGUUAUCGGUAGAUCCACAGAGUAACCUAAAGAUAAAAGGAGCCAGUAAAUAUUUUUCAAAGAUUACGUCGUUAAAUGUUAUUGAUAAAUCAACUGCUGAGUUAAUCAUUUCAACUAACAAGGACUGGCAAGAUAAUAUAGAUGAUUAUAUUUUAUUGAUACAAUUGAUCAAGCCAAAUAAAUACUCAUCACGUCAAAGAAUGGUCAAAUAUGGUUUAAAUAUGGUACGGUUUAAGAAAGUUUUAAAGGUAGAUCUUAAAGGUAAACAGAGAAGUUUAGUUAUCGGUUGGAACGAGGACCUUGAAUUAAGUGACCGCUUCAAUUAUAUUAUACGGUUACCUGCCGAAAAAAGUUCUCUUGGUAAACUAAGUGUCAUCGCUAAUGAUAUUGAUGUCACUGAUAUUAGGCUACCUGAAUAUUUCACUGAUCUAUUCUUGGGAAUAGAUAAAUCAACAGCAGCACACUUCAGAUCCCAAGAGGAUAGGCCAUAUAAAUUGAAAAUAGAUUGUAUGAAUGCUAGUCAAUUGAAGUAUGAGCUUGAAGUCGAGAAUCAUAAUAAGCGACGUAAAGGUAAUAAUAAUCAAGCUUGUGAUGAUCCACCGUAUUUGCUAAAAUUUAAUGAGCAUGACGACAAGGUAACGGUGGAAUCAAUCAUUGGUCAGCAAUCAACUUAUAAAUUGAAUGAUGAACAAGCACAGUGUAUAAUACCAAGCGUUAGUACUGGAGUAAGUGUCAUCGAUUCCCCCCCAAAUUCUGAUGGUGACCUUUUGCAAGCAAUAAUUUAUAAUUUACAGUUGAAUUUUCCCAAGGAAAGAACAUUGAUUCUUUGUCCCAAUGAUAUAUAUUUAGGUCGAAUUGAAAUUGAUUUAGCAACGUCUCUCAAGGUUUAUGGAGAUACAAUGAAAUUUAACGAGAAGAUAAACGAGCUAUUUGAUUCUAUAAAAAUAAAAUUAGAGCAAGCAGAAAUAUUAUCAGGGUACGUUGGUCUUAAGGAUAUGGGGUUUGGCCAAACCUGCGAUAAUGCUUUAUUGUUAUUCUCAAAGAUCAAACAAGAAUGGGACAGUUUUUUACAUUCUGUGAAGAAGGAUAGACUGCAAAUUACAAAUUACCCAUUUAAAGAGUACUCUAAGAUACUGUUAGGAUAUGCAUUCGAUAGCGAUUUGCAGAAAAUAGUUGCUUCGUACAAGGAAAUCGCACAAGUAUUUCAGGAAAUCCAAAACCUAGCACCUCUCGUAAAGCUUCAGAAUAAGAAAGGCGAGCUUAUAAAAUUUCUCAUUCACAAGUAUUGUCAAUAUAUACUUGCUACACCAGAGACAUUGAUAAGUCAAAAGGUUUACCAGACGAAAUUUGAUAGCAUUGUUUGUAUAGGGGAAAACACCUCCCAGUUCAAUUGGUUGUUACCAAUGAUCAACAAUGCCUAUUUGAGAAGAAUUGUCGUAUUGGGAGAUUUCUCACGUAGUAAUAACUCAAGAUGGAGAUAUUUGAGUGUCCCACCCCUUAAGUUGCGGAAGGUACUCGUAAGAGAGGAAUUCUUACAAUAUUACAAUGGCCAGUAUAAUAACGAGUUGGUUAGCGCAUACACCGGCGCAGCAGCUAACGGAGGAUUCAAAGAGACUCAUCAAAUUAUUCCUGUGGAUAUGGAGUCAAAUGAGUCAGUGAGUGUGAACGAAGCCGAGUACUCAGUCGCAUUAUACCAAUAUAUGAGAUUACUAGGGUAUCCGGCGCACAAAAUAUCUAUUAUCGCCAUGACUGUCUACCAAAAGGUUCUCAUAGAGGAGAUCUUGAGUAUCAAGUGUGGCCAUUCUGAAUCAAGUGAUUCAUCACGUUUCAAAUUUGGGUGGCCCACAAUUGAAAUUGACGACUGUUGCAACGCCAAUGCCUACCUAAUUGUGUCUGCAUUUGGCCGCAAAUAUCCCAAAUUGAAAUGUUUAGCUAGCUCUACCAGCGGUCUCUAUAUCGUGGGAAACUACUCCCACAAUACGUUCCCUAAGCAAGAUCUCACAGUGGUCAACGGUGAAAUGUACAAUAAGUUGAUCAAGAGAGACUCAAAACACCUAUACGAAAUAGUAGGCUACGACCACUUGAGACAGUACGUCGAUCAGAUGACCACCAUGAGAAUGAGCGCAGCAAAAUAG